CGGGAGGAGAGCCGCCCGAGACUUCUGGGAGUCGCCGAGUCCCGACCUAGGGAAGGAUGGAGGUCCAGGGCGAGAUGCGGGCGCUGAAGCCUUGCGUGUUGCGCCGCAAUCACAGCCGGGAGCAGUACGGCGUGGCGGCCUCCUGCCUGGAGGAGCUUCGGAGCAAGGCCUGUGACAUCCUGGGCAUCGAUGAGUCCCUGACACCGGUCACCCUGGUCCUGGCGGAGGACGGCACCAUCGUGGACGAUGACGACUACUUCCUGUGUCUGCCUUCCAACACUAAAUUUGUGGCCUUGGCCAGUAACGAGAAGUGGACAUACAGCAGUUCAGACGGAGGGACGGCGUGGAUUUCCCAAGAGUCCUUUGAUGCCGAUGAGACCGACAGUGGGGCAGGGCCCACGUGGAAGAACGUGGCCAGGCAGCUGAGAGGAGACCUGGCCAGCAUCGUCCUGCUGUCAGAGGAGCACCUCCAGGUGCUCAUUGACGCUCCGUGCUCGGAGCUGGCGCAGGAGCUCGGCCAGAGCCACGCCACCGUGCAGGGGCUCCGGGACACACUGCAGCAGGUGCUCGACCAGAGGGAGGAGGCCCGCCAGUCCAGGCAGCUCCUGGGGCUUUACCUGCAGGCCCUGGAGAAGGAGGGCACCGUCUUGUCGAAGCAGGAAGAGACCAAAGCUGCCUUCAGCGAGGAGACGGAUGCCGUGGACAGGGGCGUCAGCAGAGAGCUCUCCUCCGAGAGGACGCUCGCGAGCCGGGUGCUCACCACGCUGCGGGAGACGCCUGCUCCGGAGCUGAGUUUAUCCAGUCGGGACUUGGAGCUGGUUACCCAGGAAGACCCCACGGCGCUGGCUGUCGCUUUGAGCUGGGACCUGGCGAAGACGCAAGCCGCGCAGCAGGCCUGUGGCCGAGAGCUCGCCGCGCGCCUGCAGCAGGUGCACAGCCUGCGGUCUCUCAGGACCGCGUCAGCACGCAAGAGCCCCCGGCCCGGGGAAGCCCAGGAGCCCAAGCGAGCCAAGCCAGACCCCACGUAGCGACCGCCGGGAGGAUGCGAGGGAAGCCCUGGGCCUCGUCUCUGCUCUCGGUAAAUGCCUUCGGCCUGGUUGGUGUCCCUCCGCACAGCCGUGCCCUCGCCUUCCAGCAUGUUCUCUUGGCACAGGCUGGAAGACUGGCGUGACACCCGUCCAGAAGAAUCUAUCCCAGGUCUCCACGUGUGCCCCCCCCCCCCCCCCGUAUUGAAUGAGAGCUGCGCGCAGUUUGCCGCCUCCUGGCCUGCGCUCUCCCCUGUGUUAGCGCUGUUGCCAAGCACAGUGAGGAGAAACCAGUACCUGAGCCGGCGCUGUGGCGUAGCGGGUGAAAGCCGCCGCCUGCAGUGCCGGCAUCCCACAUGGGCACCAGGUCGAGUCCCGGCUGCUCCACUUCCGCUCCAGCUCCCUACUAAUGCACCUGGGAAAGCGGCAGAAGAUGGUUCAAGUCCUUGGGCCUCUGCACCCAUGUGGGGCCCGAGAGUUAGCUCCCGGCUCCCGGCUCCGGGUCGGCACAGCUCCUGUCAUUGCAGCCAUCUGGGAAGUGAACCAGCGGAUGGAAGACCUCGCUCGCUCGCUCUCUCUCUCUCUGCCUCUCUGUAACUCUGCCUUUCAAAUAAAUAAAUAUUUUUAAACAUGA